AUGUAUUUCACCUUCAAGAACAAAUUCACCUGCCCUAUCUGCAAGGAUCUCAUCUUAGAUCCAGUCAUCAUUGGCUGUGGACAUAGCUUUUGCAGGCCUUGUCUCUAUCUCCUCUGGGAGGACGCUGAAAAUCCACCAUGCUGUCCUGUUUGCAGAGAAUCUUCAUAUAAAAUCAACUUUAAAACCAGCAUUGCUUUGAAGAAACAGGCAUUCGUUGCCAGAGUAAAAGGCCUCACUCAUUUACCAAGCUCUGAACAACAAAUGUGUAUGAUACACAUGAAAACAAAGGACUUCUUCUGUGAAGUUGUCAAAGACACAGUCUGCAGGACCUGUAGUAAAUCUGAAGGGCAUAAGAGUCACAGACACUCUUCCAUUCCAUGGAUUGCUGAGGAAUAUCGGCAAAAGCUUCUGGAACAAAUGAGGUUGCUGUGGGAAAAGAUGCAAGAAAAUAAAAUGAAUCUUACCAGAGAAACCAACAAAAUCAGAACUUGGGAGGAUCACGUGGCUCUACGGAGGAAGAUGAUCUGUGCAGAUUUUCAAAAGGAGUUUCCAUUGUCUGACAGAGAAGAGAGAAUGUAUUUACAGAAAUUAGAAUACGAAAGCAAAGAGAUUUUUCAUCAACUCAACAAGAGUGAAAACUGUAUGGCCCGAAAGGGGGAACUCCUAAGAAAAGUAUACAAAGAAUUGAAGGAAAUGUGCCAUCAACCAGACAUAGAGUUGAUCCAGCAUUUCGAAGAGCUGAAGGAAAGGAAACUUUUAGAAUCAAAUUUCAUAGAAAAAAUAAACUCAGGAAAAGCUAAAUAUGAUGAAUCAGAAUAA